AUGGCUGCCCACUCGCUUUCGAGUGGGUUGCUGAUGCAUUUGCAGUUGAAUCAGCCGAACAAGAAAGAGAGAACCUCAAGCUUCAGGUUCUUCAGAAAAAGCUACAAUUUAAGUCGCAACAAUUUUCUUGGUAUUUCUACUAAUAGUAAGAAGAGAAAUGCAUGUUUUCCUACUCUUUUCACCUCCAAUUACAAGGUCGCCAAGUCCAGUUCUAGCACUGCAGAAACUGCAGAGAUUUCGGGUGUGGCAGAAAUAAGAGACAAGUGCAAGAAGUGGCUUUGGAAGGGCAAGUUUUCAAUAAAUUACUUUGUUUCUGCUGAUGAUAAUUCUUCUCAAGAAGAUCAGUCGACUACUUUGAAUUCAAAUAAUCCUCCUUUGCUUCUUGUUCAUGGCUUUGGUGCUUCCAUUCCUCACUGGAGAAGGAAUAUUAGAACGUUAUCGCAGAAUAACACAGUUUAUGCCAUUGACCUUCUUGGAUUUGGUGCCUCAGAUAAGCCGGCAGGCUUUGCUUACACAAUGGAAACAUGGGCUCAGUUAAUCUUGGAUUUCUUGGAUGAAGUUGUUAGGAAGCCAACAGUCCUUGUAGGGAACUCUGUUGGGAGCCUUGCUUGUGUAAUUGCUGCCUCAGAAUCUAGCCAAUCACUAGUUCGUGGACUUGUGCUUCUAAACUGUGCCGGUGGCAUGAACAAUAAGGCGAUUGUUGACGACUGGAGAAUCAAGCUAUUGUUACCUUUGCUUUGGCUAAUUGAUUUUUUAUUAAAGCAGCAAGGAAUUGCUUCUUUUAUCUUUGAGCGUGUCAAACAGAGAGAAAACCUGAGGAACGUGUUGCUAUCUGUCUAUGGAAAUAAGGAAUCUGUGGAUGAAGAACUGGUAGAGAUAAUUACCGAACCGACAUUCGACCAAGGGGCACUGGACGCUUUUGUUUCUAUAGUGACGGGUCCUCCGGGGCCAAACCCUGCAAAAUUGAUGCCAAAACUCUCCAUACCUGUUCUGGUUUUGUGGGGGAAUCAAGAUCCGUUUACUCCUCUUGAUGGACCUGUUGGGAAAUACUUUAGUUCCUUGCCUUACAAGCUACCAAAUAUAAGCCUCUUUGUUUUGGAAGGUGUAGGGCAUUGCCCCCACGAUGAUAGGCCUGAAUUAGUCCAUGAAAAGCUGUUACCAUGGUUGGCUCAUCUUCCUUCUUCAUGACAGAAGAAGAUUUGGUUCUGAUCAGUUACUUCCACUUAGUAAGACCAUGAAAAUAAUAAUUUUAAAAAGAAAAAAAAACCAUAUUUUCUCUUGUGAUUUGAUGCUGAAAUUUAUGAUAAAUAUUUUGUUGUUUAGUUUCUUGACACUUUGUGGAAAUAAAGAGGAGGAAUUGACA